GGUUUCUCUCUUCUCUCUCCUCCGCCUUCUCUCUCUGUCUUUCUCUCUCCUCUCUCUUCCCGGAAGGCAAAAAAAACCCCCAAAGAGCUGUUUACCAACAAGUGUUUUUGUGUGUGGAUUUGUAGCGGUCUGAAUGGAUGAUGAUGGAUUGAACAUGAGAAAUUGGGGCUAUUAUGAGCCAACCCAUAAGGGGCAUCUGGGGCUCCAGCUUAUGUCAUCUGUGGUUGAUCGUGACACGAAGCCCUUCCUUUCUGGGCGUGAUAAUCCUUCCAUGAUAGUUGGGAAUGGGAUUUUUCAUGCCCGGGAUUCGAUUGUUUCCCAGGUGCCCAUAACGCAUAUAGACUACAUUCGAGAUGGGUGGAUAAACCACAGGGACAAGUUCUUGCAUAUGCUUCCCGGGAACCCUUAUGGGGGCGGGGUUAUGGCCGAGCCAUCUGGAACGCAUUCGUCUAUGCAAAUGCUACAACAACAGCAACAGCAACCUGACUCGACCAAGGAUGCGAGUGCUAGUGCAGAGGACCCGAGCCUUGGUAAGGAUGGCGGCCUGUCAAAGAAACGGGCAGCUGCCGCGCCAGCGAAAGGGAAGAAGUCGAAGAAAGGGCCGGGUGCAUCAAAGAAGAACGACAACUCCCCUGCACAGCGUGCAAAGCCAGCAAAGAAGAGUAUAGAUGUGGUUAUAAGCGGGGUAGAUAUGGAUAUCUCGAGCAUCCCUACUCCCGUGUGCACCUGCACCGGGACACCUCAACAGUGCUACCGGUGGGGAUGUGGAGGCUGGCAGUCGGCGUGUUGCACCACAACUAUAUCAAUGUACCCUUUGCCUAUGAACAACAAGAGACGCGGGGCUAGGAUUGCUGGGCGGAAGAUGAGCCAGGGUGCAUUCAAAAAGGUGUUGGAGAAACUCGCGGCUGAAGGCUAUAACUUCGCUAACCCUAUCGAUCUAAGGACUCACUGGGCUAAGCAUGGAACUAACAAGUUUGUGACCAUCAGGUAAACUCGUAUUCGGGUUAUAUCAGUUUGUGCCAUUUCCAUCUUUAGCUUGUAUAUAUGUUGGUGGCCUUUUCUGUUUCAGAGCCGCGAUCCAUAAAAACUAUUGACAUUUGAGAUUAAUUUCUUGUUUUCAUUUAGUAGGUAGCAAUGCUUUGUGGCCACCUAGAGUAGGAGGAUUCAAAAAUGUUUUCUUUUAUUUAUUUAAUUAAUAGAUUAUUUUGUGAUCUUUAUUUUGUUGC